CGGCGCGGCAGUUCCGGGAGAAGAAUCGCGUCUUCGAGGUGCAUGAUCGCAUUCGCGUGCAGGACUUUGAGACGGCCAAGGGGGUGUACCCCUUCUGGACCGGCGCGCGCGACAAAAAGGGCCUCCCCGUUUGUCAGGUCGACAUGGUUAACAUGAACAAGAAGACGCUGGCCGGCUGGCAGGACAGUCGAUUCCUGCCCCAUUCCGUCGAGGGUGAGGACCAAUUGCAGACUCUUGAUCUCCUGCAGUUGGCGUCUGCCAUCUUUGACGACAUCACCCGCUUCGUGUUCCCUCUGUGCUCGGCGCUCCAGAAUCCGUGCCAACCCAUCGCCAGCGCGAUCAUCCUUGUCGAUGCGUCGAACAUGAACAUGAUGCAGGGGUUCGAUCUGCGCGUGUUUGCCCGCGACGUUAGCUCUCUCCUGACGACGUGUUAUCCUGAGACUAUCCAUAAGAUUUUUGUCUGCAAUACCCCCUCCUACUUCGCCACCAUCUGGAAAUUCCUCAAAGGCUGGGUCGACCCCGUCACAGCCGACAAGCUGAUCUUUCUAACCCCGUCUGAGGUCCUCCCGACGCUAGAGGAGCACAUCGACACCGCCAGUCUGCCCGCCUCGCUGGGCGGCUCACACCCGUGGAAACACGGCGAGCGGCCAUUGCUCGAUGAGCCUACCAAGGCCCUCCUCAAGGUGGACGAGCUGCCGCCGGGCCCGAUGAAGUGGGUGGUUGACGACCAGGGACGGCGAUGUCUGGUGGCUGUGGGGUCUGAGGGGGGUAAGCCGCGUAGGGAGACUGUGGCUGUUUUGGGGGAUCGGUGAAUUAUCACACUGUGUAUAUAGAGUAUGG